AUGAAACCAUCCAUCAUACCCCUCAUUUUUGGGACCACGGCUGUGGCAUCCAGACUCUAUGCUGCCUCCUAUGCAGGCACCGUGACGACCCUCUCCUUGACUAAGUCUCAGGGGGGUGCUGAGUUGACCACUCUCGCUCAAUCGACCGACUGCGGCAUCAAUCCUUCGUGGCUGAUGCUGGACCAAGACCACCGUGUUUUGUACUGCCUUGACGAGGCUGUGGAUGAGAGCAAUGGUACUUUGACCUCGUUCGCAGUCAAUGCCAACGGUUCAUUGGCCCGUAUCACCCAGAUGGAGACCAUGGCAGGUCCGGUCCAGUCCCACUUUUAUUCAGCCCCAGGACUUUCCAAUCGGAACGAAGGAUCAGCCGUCACCUCAUACUCCCUGGACCCGAUUACCGGUGUCUUCAAUCGGUCGCAGACCUUCACAUACGAACUCGCCGAGCCCGGUCCGGUCCCGGAUCGACAAGAUGCCUCCCAUUGCCACGGGGUGGUAGUCGACCCGACCGGACAAUUUGUUCUGGUCCCUGACCUUGGAGCCGAUCUCGUUCGCAUCUUUCGCGUCAAUCCGUAUACCGGACUCCUGGAGCCGCAGGAACCCCUCGUCGCGGCACCAGGGUCUGGUCCCAGACACGGCGUGUUUUGGACCCCUAAGGGUGCCACUAGUCAGACCAAGGAUGUCCUCUUCUAUCUCACAUCCGAGCUGAGCAAUCAUCUCACCGGGUACAAGGUCACGUAUCCGACCAACCGAACCAUCUCGUUUGACGAGUUCUACACCUCGAACACGUACGGCGGGUUGACGCCUCCCAAUGGCUCCAAGGUUGCUGAGGUCGCCAUCUCGCCUGAAAACAACCGCAUCGUGGUCAGCAACCGGGGCGAUAACACAUUUGGGGCUGGGAAUGACUCGAUUGGGGUGUUCACUUGCGCCGACGCCAGUGGCCAUUUCCCCACCAAUGUCACCUUCGGUGGUCUGUACCCUGCGUACGGAAAUACCCCCCGCCAGUUCGAGAUGGCCACGCAGACUGGAAUUGUCGCAGAGGCAUUGCAAAGCAGUCAUGCGGUGGCAGUGACUGGGUGGGACGGAGAAGCUGAAAAGCCGGGACCGCUUCUUGCGAGAAAGUCUCUGGAGGGAGAGGUUGUGGCGGUUGUCUGGGAUAAUUGA